GUCAGUAACCCAGUCCGCUCCACUCCCAGUUCAGUAGUCAGUGUAGUUGCUGCCUAGCUGGUGUCGGGGUGUGGUGAGACCUGUGUUCCGAUGCGCGUCAAUCAAUAACAGUGCAAAUCUUAUCUUGAAACCCUCUCAAGUUUGGUUUAAGGCUAUCUGUGACAUUUUACAAUGUGGAGUUUUUCUUACGACGAAAGGAUCAUGUGACAUUUGAUUGGAUAACUUUUAAGGACGGCAUGUCUGCGGACAGUCUAGUGCCGGUGGACAAGGGAGUACUGUACAGCAGUCCACCACCACUGCCCGGAGCACCAGGAGUCGUACCCACAUACCCUGAACGCUGCAAAACCAUCGACUACCAAUAUGAUUUAGUCCCUGCAGUCAUAUGUGCCAUGUAUCUGGUCUUCGGCGUAGUUUACAGUCUUUUUGGUUAUCGAUGCUUCAAGGCAGUCAUGUUCCUCACGGGUUUCAUAUUUGGCUCAGUGAUUAUUUACAUGAUCUGCAUCCAAGACAAACUCUUGCCACCUUACGUUAAUGCAGGGAUGGCGCUGAGUGCUGGUCUACUACUGGGCCUGAUCACAAUGUUGGUCCAGUAUGUUGGUCUCUUCAUGACAGGCUUCCACACAGGACUAUUCGUAGCCAUAGCGUCGCUGGCGACCGCUGAGCAGGUCUCUCAUCCCCCCACCCUCCUCACCACAGCUGGCACUUUACUGGGCUGUGGCUUGCUCUUCGCCGUUCUAAACCUGCAAUGGCCAAAAGCUCUAACUGUGAUGGGUACGAGCGUGUAUGGUGGAGCAAUAUUGGCAGGGGCUCUUGACUACUUCGUAGAGAAGUUGAUAAUGGUACGUUGGGUGUGGGACCGUAUCACACUGCGCCAAUCCGGCCAGCCCUGCUGGUUCAGUUGGAUCAUCCUGUCCAUCUGGCCAGGAAUGGUCGUGUUUGGACUCAUCACACAGUUUGCCAUCACAGGCAGGGGCAUCUACCACCAGCAAUUGGUGACAGUAAAGCACCAAAACCGCCAUGCCAACAUGCCAAGAGUGCGAACUAGAGAGCAAAGGGCUGAGCUCCGACAGAAGAAGUACCGGUACUUGUAUCAAGUGCGGACUGCUCAUGGAGAUGUUAUUAGUCAGAAUUACGUCCAGGCUUUGCAGCGCAAAGUGAUUGGUGGUGGAGGUGGAGAAAGCUCGACCCUGCAGUCCGAUGCUACACACCUGACGAUCCUGCCAGAGACCACGGCAGUUCAUCUGGCAGGCCUCACAGAUGACGAGAUACAGUUGGACUUGCACUACCGAUAGUACGUCCCACCCCACCUCCUGGGUCAGUGAUAACGUCCAUCUAUCAUAAUGUAUGUGGGUUGUAAAAUAAUAAUGAUGUGACAAAUUAUUAUAACCUGUAUUUUGAAAUAAAUCCCUUCAACAAA